UAGCGACAUUUCAAAAACUUUCACGGUGAGUUUCCGUUUCAUAUUCUAAUCCUUUGUCCUCUGGCAGAAUGGCGUGAAGAGAAAAGAAAUCCCUAGGAUUGGAAAGGAAAAAAGAUACCAGAAACCAAAACAAUAAGCUAAGAGAAGGAGCAAGAACUCAAGUUUUCAAUGAAGCAGCUUUCUUAACAGCUCCAAAAGAUUUCUGCUACUGAAUUUACAGUUAAGUCUGUUCAUGGUAUGAUGCAGCUGAGCUUGAUAUGGACUGUCAGAGCCCCAUUAAAGGUGACACCGUGGACAUGGCCCCAUUGAUUCACAUGCCAGAACCCUUGUGCCUCAUUGAGAACACUAAUGGGCCACUGCUGGUUAAUCCAGAAGCCCUGAAGAUCCUGUCUGCCAUCAGGCAGCCUGUUGUGGUGGUGGCUAUCGUGGGCCUCUACCGCACAGGCAAGUCCUACCUGAUGAACAAGCUGGCUGGGAAGAACAAGGGAUUCUCAGUUGGAUCUACAGUGCAGUCUCACACGAAGGGCAUCUGGAUGUGGUGUGUGCCUCACCCCAAGAAACCAAACCACACCCUGGUUCUUCUUGACACUGAGGGACUCGGAGACGUAGAGAAGGGUGACAAGACAAAUGACACCCAUAUAUCUGUACUGGCACUACUAUUGUGUAGUACUUUUGUAUACAACACCAUGAACAAAAUUGACCAGGGGGCUAUCGACCUCUUGCACUAUGUGACAGAACUGUCACAUCUGCUCAGAAUAGAUACCUCACCUAAUCUUAACAGGGUAGAUGAUGCAGCUAACUUUGUGAGAAUCUGUCCAGACUUAGUGUGGACUCUGAGAGAUUUCUACCUUGGCCUGGAAGCAAAUGGGCAACUCAUCACAGCAGAUGAAUAUCUGGAGAAUUCAUUGAGGCCAAAGCAAGGCACCAACCAACAUCUUCAAAAUUUUAAUCUGCCUCGUCUGUGUAUACAGAAAUUUUUUCCAGUAAAGAAAUGCUUCAUUUUUGACUUGCCCACUCACCAGAAGAAGCUUGCCCAGCUUGAGACACUGCAUAAUGAUGAUCUGGAUCCUAAGUUUGUACAACAAGUGGCAGAAUUCUGUUCCUACAUCUUUAGCCAUUCCAAGACUAAAACUCUUUCAGGAGGCAUCAAGGCCAGUGGAUCUCAUCUAGAGAACCUAGUGCAGACCUAUGUCAAUGCCAUCAACAGUGGGGAUCUGCCCUGCAUGGAAAGUGAAGUCCUGACCUUGGCCCAGAUUAAGAACUCGGUUGCAGUGCAAAAGGCCAUUGCCCAUUAUGACCAGGAGAUGGGCCAGAAGCUGCAGCUGCCCGCAGAAACCCUUCAGGAACUGCUGUACCUGCACAGGGCCAGUGAGAAAAAGGCCAUUGAAGUCUUCAUGAAGAACUCUUUCAAGGAUGAGGACCAAGGGUACCAGAAAAAAUUAGAGAUGCAGCUAGCAGCCAAACAGAAUGACUUUCAUAAACGAAAUUUGGAGGCAUCACAGAAUCGUUGCUCAGCUUUACUUGAGGAUAUUUUUCAUCCUCUAGAAGAAAAUGUGAAGCAAGGGGUUUAUUCAAAACCCGGGGGCCAUCGUCUCUUCAUUCAGCAGAGAGACGAGCUGAAGGCAAAGUACAAUCAGGAGCCCAGGAAAGGAAUACAGGCUGAGGAAGCUCUUCAGAAAUAUUUAGAGUCCAAGGAGUCUAUGAGUGUUACCAUUUUGCAGACAGACCUGGCUCUCACAGCAAUGGAAAAGGAGAUCGAAGGUAUAACAGAAGAGUUUAUAAAGGCUGAAGCACAAAGGCUGAUGGAAAGUCUAAUGCAGCAUCAGCAAAUGAUGGAGUCGAGGAAGAUAUUCCAUCAGGAACAAGUGAGACUAAUGGAGACAAACAGAGUAUACCAGGAGGCACUGCAACAGAGGGUCAUGGAAUGUCAGCUCCAGAUCUGAUGUUCCUUUGUGUGUACAUGAGAACUGAAGUCAAGAUGUGAUUCAGAUUGCUUCAGGACAAAGGGAGAAGGGGCCUUAGGAUAUAAUUCUUGGGAUACCAAUAUUUCAGGGAUUGAGAGAUGAUGUUUCUGCAGCUAUAGGAACAGACUGGGAAGAAGAAUUACACAAGUAGGAAACCAAGAGUAAGAGGUAAAAUGGAUAGGAAUGGAAAGGAGGAAUUAGGGACUAUCUUUUAGUACUGAUUGUUUAAAAUAAGUAAGGGAAAGUCAGUGACUGGGACUUUCCGUAAACAAUGAUCUGGACACCACUUUUUGCUCAGCUC